GCGCGCCUCCCGCUCUGCCGGGCGGCCCUGCACCAGCGAGGCUGCGGUGAGCCCUGGCCCUGCCGGCCGCCGAACGCUGCGGCUGUGCCACCGCUGCCCCGCCGGAGGAGUAACGCAGCAUGGGCAUUGGGUGGAAAAUACGGCGGUUGGGAUAACAUUUGCCCUGUGUGCCGUGCGACUUGGCCUGCUCAACGUCUGUUUGUCUUAACGCUCCGUGGGAUUUCAAGAUAGUGUACACCUGAAGGCUGCUGGGGCAAAGCUAAGACACCUGUUAACUCAACUCAAGCUGGAAUUCUUGUGAAAAGUUAAGCAUUUUCUUCCUGGCUGUUGGGAAAAGAUUCUGCUUUCAGUUGUCAGAGAUGGUGAUUUGAAGAAUCAUACUUCCGAUAUGAACAAAGCAAAAGCAUCAUCUGAAAAAAGUGUUUCUGCCAGUUCUCGGACUAUAUCCCUGCUGUCACAGCUGGAGAAGAUAAAUUCAGGCUCUGCGUUAGGAGAAUCAGAUAGUGCCAGAUAUGUUACCUCAAAGAUCCUUCAUCUGGUCCAGAGUCAAGAAAAAACCAGGAAGGAGAUGACUUCUAAGGGCUCCACUGGAAUUGAAGUUAUCCUGUCAACCCUAGAGAAUACAAGGGAUCCUCAAACUAUUCUAAAUAUAUUGAAUAUUCUCAUUGAGAUAGUCUCAGUGGGUGGCGGUCGAAGAGCAAGUGUCUUAGUCACCAAAGGAGGAACACAGAUCUUGUUGCAGCUGCUUUUGACUGCCAGCAAAGACUCUCCACCAAAUGAAGAAUUAAUGGUGCUUCUUCAUACUCUUCUUGCAAAAAUUGGUCCAAAAGACAAGAAGAUUGGCAUGAAAGCAAGAAUAAAUGGUGUCCUAAACAUAUCAUUGAAUUUAGUGAAGCAUAAUUUGCAGAACCACAGGCUAGUAUUGCCAUGUCUUCAACUAUUAAGAGUUUAUUCAACCAACUCUGUAAAUGCAGUAUCUCUGGGAAAGAAUGGAGUAGUAGAACUGAUGUUUAAGAUUAUUGGCCCUUUUAGUAAAAGGAACACUAGCCUCAUGAAGGUUGCUUUAGACACACUUGCUGCAUUGCUAAAAUCAAAAACUAAUGCCAGGAGAGCAGUAGACAGAGGAUAUGUGCAGGUGCUUAUAACGAUUUAUGUUGAUUGGCACCGUCACGAUAGUCGGCACAGAUACAUGCUGAUACGUAAAGGAGUGUUACAGUGCAUUAAAAGUGUUACGAACAUCAAACUGGGAAGAAAAGCAUUUAUUGAUGCCAAUGGGAUGAAAAUUCUUUACAACACUUCACAGGAGUGCCUUGCAGUAAGAACUCUUGAUCCUCUUGUCAAUACAUCCAGCCUAAUAAUGAGAAAAUGUUUUCCCAAAAAUCGUCUUCCUUUACCAACUAUUAAAAGUGCUUUCCAUUUUCAACUCCCAGUUAUCCCAGCCAGUGGUCCUGUGGCUCAGCUGUACAAUUUGCCUCCUGAUGUGGAUGAUGUAGUAGAUGAAAGUGAUGAUAACGAUGAUGCUGAAACAGAAUCAGAACUUGAAACUGAAAUUGAUGAUGACAAGGACCAGCAUUUUGAGAAUGAUGAUAUUGAGACUGAUAUUAAUAAACUGAAACCUAAGCAGGAGCUGGGAAGAUCCAUAGAAGAACUGAAAAUGUAUGAGCAAUUUUUCCCAGAACUUUCAGAAAACUUUCAGGAAUGGGACUUAGUUUCCAAGGAACCAAAGCCUUUUGUACCUGAUGCAAAUUUGAGUGGACCUAUUGUUGUUCCUACAGCCAGUGAGGAGCACUCUGCUGAAGCAAACCCGUCAACAAAAGGAGCUACUUUAAAGGAGUGCAGUCUUUUAUUGACAGAGGAAUACAAUAGAAGGCCAGCGUUUCUGGAACUACCAAAGAAAGAUAACGUGAAAGGCAGUAGUUUACAUCAGCAAAAUGAUCAAAGAAAUAUGCUUCCAUCAUGCCAGUGUCUAAGCCAAGACAUUGUGAAAGGCUUGGACAGAAUCAGUCUCCAGAACAGUGCAAAAAAUGAUCAAAUGAUCAGUACAGGGUGUGGAGCUGAGAAGGAAAGCAAAGCUAGCAUUACCACACCUGCUUGUAGUAAACCCUGUGAGCAUGUUUCACCCUGUGGAGGUAGUCUCUUUGAAGGAUCAUCUGUCCAGCUGGGAAAACUCUGCUGCACUGGAGUGGAUUCAGAGGAGGAGGAGGAUUCCAGAUCUAGUUCAUCAGGAGAACAUGCCAUGCUUCAAGUUUCUGAUAUAUCACCAGUUCAUGACUGUGAUCUUUAUCUUGAAAUGGUGAAGGACACGAAGUCUAUUCCAGAAUACUCAGAAGUGGCCUAUCCAGAUUAUUUUGGCCAUAUUCCACCCCCAUUCAGGGAACCUAUUCUGGAAAGGCGGUAUGGAGUGCAGAGGACAAAAAUCUGUCAAGACAUUGAAAGGCUGAUUUAUCAAAAUGACAUUAUAGAUAGAGUUGUGUAUGACCUUGAUAAUUCGAGUUGCUCUAUACCAGAGGAGGCAGAUCUUUUGAAGUUUAAUUCCAAAUUUGAAUCUGGAAACCUGCGCAAAGUUAUUCAGAUCAGAAAAAAUGAGUAUGAUCUAAUUCUGAACUCAGAUAUAAAUAGCAAUCAUUAUCAUCAGUGGUUCUACUUUGAAGUCAGUGGAAUGAAAACUGGCAUUGCUUACCGGUUUAACAUCAUCAACUGUGAAAAGUCAAACAGUCAGUUCAACUAUGGUAUGCAGCCCCUCAUGUAUUCUGUUCAGGAAGCACUACUUUGUCGACCAUGUUGGACUCGUGUUGGGACAGAUAUUUGUUACUACAAGAAUCACUUUUCAAGAAGUUCAAUUGCUGCUGGGGGCCAGAAAGGAAAAUCCUAUUACACAAUUACAUUCACGGUGACUUUCCAGCACAAAGAUGAUGUGUGCUACUUUGCUUACCAUUAUCCAUAUACAUAUUCAACUUUAAAGAUGCAUCUUAGGAAGCUGGAAUCUAUGCACAACCCUCAACAGAUAUAUUUUCGGCAUGAUGUUCUCUGUAAGACCCUGGCAGGCAACAGCUGUCCAUUAGUCACUAUUACAGCCAUGCCAGAGUCCAGUUACUAUGAACAUAUCUGUCAGUUCAGGAAUCGUCCUUAUAUAUUCCUGUCUGCUCGUGUGCAUCCUGGAGAGACUAAUGCAAGCUGGGUUAUGAAGGGAACACUGGAAUACCUUAUGAGCAAUAGUCCAAAUGCACAGUCUUUACGGGAAUCUUAUAUUUUCAAGAUUAUUCCCAUGCUCAAUCCAGAUGGUGUCAUCAAUGGGAACCACCGUUGCUCUUUAAGUGGAGAAGAUUUAAACAGACAGUGGCAAAAUCCAAAUCCAGAUCUGCAUCCCACUAUUUACCAUGCUAAAGGGUUACUGCAAUAUCUGGCUGCUAUAAAACGUUUGCCUUUGGUCUACUGUGAUUAUCAUGGUCAUUCUCGCAAAAAGAAUGUAUUUAUGUAUGGCUGCAGUGUCAAAGAGACAAUGUGGCAUACAAGUCUUAGUGCUGCCUCUUGCGACCUGAUGGAGGACCCUGCUUACAGGGCACUCCCCAAGAUCCUGAGUCAGACUGCCCCUGCAUUCUGCAUGGGCAGCUGCAGCUUUGUAGUGGAAAAGUCCAAGGAAUCUACAGCACGAGUUGUUGUCUGGAGAGAGAUAGGAGUACAAAGAAGCUACACAAUGGAAAGCACAUUAUGUGGAUGUGACCAGGGCAAGUAUAAAGGAUUGCAGAUAGGUACAAGAGAACUGGAGGAGAUGGGAGCAAAGUUCUGUGUUGGCUUGCUACGUUUAAAAAGAAUGUCCUCACCUUUGGAAUACAGUCUGCCUUCUAGUCUGUUGGAUAUUGAAAAUGAACUUAUUGAGUCAAGCUGUAAAGUGACAAGCACUGGCAAGGCCUGCGCACCGGGAGAACUGUGUUGCUCAGUAAAUGAGUGUCAUGGACCUACUGGAGAUAGUUCAGUGAGGACUCCUAGGAUGUUGAAGGGACCGAUGUUCCUCUCACAGGAGGGCAAAAUGAGGAAACUAGUAAUCAAGAGAAAAAACCCUGAACAAACAAAAAUCACCCCACUACAUAUGUCUUGGAUGAAGAUGAGCCUCGCUUCCUUGAAGAAGUUGAUUACAGCGCAGAGAGUAAUGAUGAAGACGUUGAAUUAGCUGAUAAUGUGGGUGAUUAUGAGGCAACUAAUCAAGAUGAUGGACUUUCAGACCCAGAUUCAACAAGGAUACUCCUUUCUUGAACCAACUUUGCUGCCAGUAACAGAAAAUAAAGUAUCCUGAAUUUCCAGUCAUAUACUUCCUUGCUGUUUUCUACAAAGGGGAUAAGCUUCAGUUAACACAAUUAACUGGGGCCUGCAUAGCUCAAGGACAGUAAAUAUUUCUGAUAAAUUUGCAUUUGUUUUAUUUAAGGAGUUCUGUGUAUUCUUUAAGCCGUAAAUAGAUAAAUUUAUUUACCAGUUUAUUUUCUACUAAAUAGUACUGCAUGGCAUUUUGUGUCCUUAAACCCUAUCUUCAGAGAAAUGGAUUAUAAUUUUUAGUGUGUCAGAGUACAGAAAAUAAUUUUUUGUGGUACAGUUCUUUGAGUUGCUUCCUGAAAAAUACAUAUGUACAGAUUUUCUAAAUUAAUUUGUGUAUGUCUGUGUAUAUGCGCGUGUGUAUACCGAGGUGAAGAGGUUAUUUUUUGACAUUAUUUCAAUGAUACUUGAUUGUGUUUGAAGCAAUGCAGUGCCUGCUCUGAAACAAUUCAAUAAGUACUAAAUUAAAAAUGAGAACAUGAUGUAUUAAUUUUUGCACUUGUUUCUUGCUUCUUAUGAUUAUGUGGUUUUGCCACAGUAUUAAGUGAAAAUUCUUACUAAUGUCUGUUCAGAGUUCAGGAAUUUUGCACAGUGACCAAUGCAGCCUGUGCUUAGAAGAACUAGACUCCUGUAUAAAACUCACCCUUAAGAUAGGCAUGAUUUAAUUUGAAGUUCUCUUGUUAAGUGUACUUGUCUUCAGGAAGAGGUCAGGUAUGUACACUCUAUGUAUAUUCAACUACCCAGCUGCUCCAUUUUUCUUCUUGAAUAUGCACGUAGUUAAAAACUGUUCACUUUACUGGAGGCACAUUUACUAUAUACCCAAUUCAACUGCUUUAAGGGGGAUAGUGCAUUUCAGUUUAAACUGUUUUUCCUGAUUGCAGCCUUGUGCUAACUCUGCUCUGAUAAGGAGAUUGGACUGCAACCUCCUGAGUCUGUUCCAGGCUGAAUAAUUAUUCUGUGGUUCUGUAUUCUUCAUGUUUAAAGUCAAGCUGUCAGGUAUGGGAUUUACACUUCAUCUUCUCCUAUUGUCUUCUAAUUCUUAUUGCCUUUUGCCUCUGCUUAAAAUAAGAUCUAAUAGAAAAAUUAAGAGAAUUGUAGUCCGUGGUUUACAGAAUUGACUAGUUUUGCAAUGAAAAAUAAUUUUCAAAAAUUAUAUUUUUACUUAAUGUGACCCAGUUGUGGCAUUCAUUUUCUUCUGUGUGUGCAAGGGCUUUAAGAACAUGAAGAAUAACAUUUCUAACUUAUACCAGGUUUUUAACUGAUGGGGAUUUUCUCUGUUGUUCCAAAUAAAACUGUAUUUUGGAGUGGAAGGGCAUCUUCAGUAGAGGGAUUAAAAAAUAAUAAAAUUUAUGAGAAUCAACUGUAUCAGUGUUUUUCAGCCAGGAGUUGGUUUUGCAUCAGGAUCUGUUCUUUCAAAUUCAGCAGUGUUUGGUAAUGCCUGUCCAUACUAUCCUGAUUCUGAAACUGGGGAAGGGUUUUGAUCCCUUGUUAUAUGUGACUGUAUUUUUGUUUGAAGACUUAAAUUUAUAUUAAUAAACAUAUAGAGAGAGGUAGAGAUGGAAAAGUUGGAAACAUUUAGAGUCUUGUUCCUUUAUAAGUGUUUCUCUGUAGUGAAAGUUAUCUUUCCUUGUGUUCUGUGAACUACAUACUGUAAAUAAGAAUAUUUAUUUAUUACCCUGUUGAAGAGGAGUCCUAUGCAUUGAAAGUAGAGGAAUUUGGGAACCUGUCAAAUGGAAGAAUUAACUUUGCCACAGAAUUUGAAUUAUUUUUCUGUCCAAUGACAGCAGUUCAAAAUGCUCAUAUUGCCCUGUCAGUCUUAUACUGUUAUCUGCAUAAAUAGAUUUUCAUCCUUAAGAACUCCUGCUUCAGUGGGAGUAGUAUUAAUAAAUAAAAUGAUUCAUAAACAAUUUCAGUUAAAUUUCAGAGAAUACAGGAUGCCACAUGUUUGUUAACUGCAUUGUGUAUGUCUUCUUAGGUUUCAUUUGAAUUUGUAUUAAUCUUGGAAAGCUAUUUUUAUACUACUGGCAAGACUUCAUCCAUGUAGAAAGAAUUGUGGCUUAGUAGUACAAAAUUGUCCUUUUCUCCUGAGCACGAAUCUAUGUUUGUUCUUCUCAUGACUCCUACAACUUUAAAUCUGUGCAAAAAGAGUUGUCAGCUAUAUAAUGUCUCAGGAUAACAUUGUUUAUACAUUAGAUUGUAAUGCAGUUAUGCAUUAGAUGUCACUUAGGUGUUGGAUGUCACUCUGGCAGCUGUUGGUCUGAACUUCUGCCAGUGUAAUUCUAAUGCAAGAGGUGAAACUUUGUCCCUAUCUUACACAUUGUUGAAAAUGCAAAGGUACCUCAAACAUUUUCCAGUACUUGCCUUUUGAAAGGUAAAGUCUCCAUUUGUGCUCAUGGGCAUGCCAGUUCAUGGGCAGAACUGCUGCAGUGAAAACUGCUCCAUACUGUUUAUCCCUUCUCCAGUACCUAUUGCCGUUGUUGCCGUGGUGUUGACAGACAUGCUGGUGCCCCCAUUAUGCGUUUUGGUGGGAAGUCUGGUGUUUGGCUGAAAAAGGAAAAGCUAACACUCAGCACACAUUCCAUUCUGUUACUGUGGCAUUUGCCCUGAAGAAAUGGGCAGAAUGAUAGCAAAGAAUGGCAGCAUCUUGGACUGUCACAAGCCUUGCAGAUUGGGCAUGGUCUGUCCCAGACAAUUGACUGUCUUUACUCUAUGCAUUGGCAUUUCAAUGUGGCUUUGGUUUUAAAUGAUGGUGUUUGCUAUAAGCAUGACUGGUUCUGUAUAGGCAAAGAAGAUAUCCCUAGAUCUUCCUCCAGUAAUAACAACAAAUAAGACUAUAAAAACAAUUACAUCUGGAUUAUUUACUGUCUUGCUUCUAAGUAAUUGCUGGACGAUGAAUCACUCUAUUCCCUUUUCAGAAAUAAUUCAAGCUGCAUCACAAAUUUUGGUACUGUGUCUUCACUGGUGGCAUCCCCUGGUGUAAUAUAACUUAAAGCAAUUUGUGCCAAAAUCUUGCCUGGUCAUUUUUUGAGGUGGAUAUCUUUGUCAGCCUGACUUACCAGGGAGUUUGGUUUGAAUCUCAAAUAAGACUGCAGAAGCAGUAAACACUGUUCACGAAAUGCAAAAAUACAAGGUUUCAGAUAAUUUCUGUUUUAAUCCUGUAAUAGAUAUAAUUGUUGCAGUGUUAGUAUGCAUGCCCCAAAUGUCAAUACUUACUAAUAAAAAUGCGUAAUAAAGGAUUACUUACAA